CUCGUCUCGUCUCGUCUCGUCCCGUCCCUCCGCGCUGCAAUGCAUUGCGUCGCGCCGGGACGCCUCGGGCGUCGCGGCGCAUUCCCAACCACCCGUUGCCGAUGGUAUUGUUCUCAUUUGAUUUUGAGCAGAGGCGAUUUAGGUUUCGUUUGAGAGGAAAAUCAAUCUAUCUUCAGCGAAUGGGUAAAAAGCUCAAGAGCUCAUCUUCUUCUCCGCGAGAUGAAUCGAUGAGCAAAAGUCGUAGAUCUCAUAGCUCUUCCGAGCACCAUUCCGGUAAAGGGUUCGACAAUUUUGUUGGCCAAAAAGGGCAGGAUCCGGCUAGACCGGAGAGUUGGCCCGUGGAGACGGAUAAUAAUACCCCAUCUUAUCCGUUGACGGAAUCAAACGACAAUGUUGAAGAUUACGAAAUCUCAGAUGACAAAAGGUUCACAACUGAGGAGACGAAAUUGUUGGCGUACAUCUGCAUCGACGUCUCAAAAGACCAAAGGGCUGAUUUCUGGUGGGACGUCGCCACAAACUACAACGAGUUCACCCCGGUGGGGGCACUUUACCGUUAUGAAGAUGAGCUGCGCGAACACUGGGUCCGAAUGCAGAAGGAUGUCUCCAAAUUCAUUGACAUCUUUACCAAUUGUCAGAAGAUGCAGGGUAGCGGUCAUAGUUUGGAUGAUAUUUGCCAGCAGGCGAAGGAUGCUUUCUUCAGCGACGAAGGAAGGAAUUUCGAAUACGAGGAUGUCUGGGCGAUUAUGCGAAGCAAGCCCAAGCUUUUCAGCGGUUUUGAGACUUCUUGUGGCCCGAAGAAAGCCAGAGUCUCCACCUCCGGACAGGACUCUACGAGUGGUGCUAGCAUUGCACCUGCCGCACAAGACCCUCAACUCGACGAGUACUCUGCCAGAAUGGAAAAGGCGGGAUCCCAAGGCACGCCGCCGCCCUCCCUAAUGUCCAUCUACUUAACCGCCACGAUGGCUGACACUUCCCGCAUGACGCCUGAACAAUAUCAAGCCCAUUUUGCUGGCAUUGCAUAUCUGGCAAGACAACUUGGUAUUCCGCCUCAAACGGUUGCACCGCCACCGCCUUCGGGGGGGUGAUUCGCCGGCGGAGUAGUUUUUAUAAUUUAAAUUUAUUCCAAUCUCUCAGAAAAUGGUUGACAACGAGUAUCAACGCGCAUGGGAUGCGGCGUAUGACGCGUUGGUUGCAGAGGUGGAGCGGGAAGUACAGGAAGCAGAACGACGGCGGGCACGGCGGCGUCGGUGUUGGACAAGAACUUGGACUUCCAGAUGCUGAAGCAUGGGCAAUGUCGUUGUCGCCUACGCUGCGGCGACCGACCCGGUCACCAAGGCAGUGCACUGGGACAUCAUUCAGAGGCUGAGGGGUCAGUUGGGGAUGACGGAGGUCGCGGCACCGGCGGAGGCGACAGGGGACGGAGAUGGGGAUUCCGAUGAUGCCACCGAGUGAGCGACGACGGUGUAUGUUUAAGUGAUUUUAUUUAACUGUCGUAUAAUUUUCCCCUAUUUCUAAUACAACGAAUAUUAGUUUUUAUGUUUUUCUUAUUAUUUAAUGAUGUUUUUUUCUAA